CCUGCAGAUAGUGACCAUAUUGGAGAAGGGUUGGAUUGGCUGCGCUUCUAUGAGCGGCAACCAGCUGCAGUGCAUGUGUAAUCUAUGCGUUUCGUUUGAUUGAUCCAUGUGUGGGAUGCUUCAUUCUGUGUAGAGGCAAUGAGCUGAUUUCGUCUAGAGAGGGAAAACGCUAAAAGGUUGAGGAAUUAAUUGAUUUAUGAACAGAAAAAGGUCGGUACUAACCUCUCUUUCUUGUCCCGUGGAGGAUUUCGUACCAAUCCCGCGCUAAAGGCGCGAAAUAAUUCCGGUCACGUCGCGCGCUGAAAGCGGGCUGUCCUGGAGCUUUGGUGCUCUGUGCACGCGAGAGAUAGCGCAGAGCGCGGACACCUGCAGUAGAAUGUAGCGGGAAUUCCCCUCCUAAACCGGCGCAAGGAGAAUUUCCGUGAACUGCACACCACUCAAUCACCCUCACCGGGGUCCCGUCACAGCCAAGAGAAAGGGAGAGGGCGGGAAAUGGGCUGGCGUGGCCAUUGCUAUGCGUGAGCGAGUGCCGCGGUGUCCAUGGAGACCAAGGGCUACAGCAACCUUCUGGAGACUAGCGAUGGGCAGGGGACGGGGCUUCUGGAGGGUGGAGACUCGCCGGGGGCUGAGGAGGGUUGGAGCCCCCCCUUACCCCUGGGCUUUCAGGUGUCCCUCACCAGUGUGCUGAUGCUGGAGUUGGUGCUGGGAUUCAGCAGCAACCUGACCGUGCUGGUGCUCUACUGCGCCCAGUCCAACCUGGUCGACUCGGUCAGCAACAUGGUCACGGUCAGCCUGCACGUGCUGGACAUCCUGGUGUGUUUGCUGUGUCUGCCGCUGACUGUGGCGGUCAUCCUGCUCCCAGCAGACGGUAGUGGCGGGGGCAGCCUGGCUACACUGUGCUGCUUCCAUGAGGCCUGCGUCACCUUCACCAGUGUGGCCACGGCCAUUAAUGUGCUGGUCAUCAGCCUGGAUCGCUACGACAUCUCCGUCCGGCCAGCCACACGGCUGUUGACCCCGCGGCGAGCUGCACUCCUCCUGGCCGCUGUCUGGGCCAUGUCAUUGGCCGUCUUCUUCCUGCCCUUCCUGGAGGGGGAUUUCUUCUUCUCGGGGUCAGUGUGGCAGAACCGGACACUGCUGUGUGUAGGGGGGCAGGGCUACCACACGGGGCUGGCCAUGUACUACCACCUUCUGCUGCAAGUGCCCUGCUUCUUCAUCGCAGUCAUUGUCAUGCUGUUCACAUACUACCGCAUCCUGCAGGCCCUCAACAUCCGCAUCGGCACCCACAUCAAGAGGGGCCCACGGGCCUCCAAUAAGGACUCAGGCUGCAGGAUCCGCAGGCGGAGACGAAGGAGGAAGGGGCUGAGUCUGGCCACAGAGGGGGGAGCGACCCCUGCCCCCCAGGCCCCAACCUCCACUGACGCCACCUCCCCCCCUCCGGUGGCGGCAGACCGCCCAGGUGUCCAGGCCUCUGUGUCAGCCAUCAUCGCCUUGAGGCGGGCCGUGAGGCGUCACCGAGACCGGCGGGAACGCCAGCGGAGAGUCUUCAAGAUGUCCCUUAUCAUAAUCUCCACCUUCCUGGGCUGCUGGGCUCCUCUGUCCAUGGUCAACGUGUUGAUCCUGUGCAUGGGCCCCAGUGACAGCCUGGUACGUGUGAGGCUCUGCUUCCUGGCCAUGGCAUAUGGCACCACCAUCUUCCACCCGCUGCUCUAUGCCUUCACCAGACAGAAGCUGCGUAAAGCACUGAAGACCCGUGUCAAGAAGAGGGUGGUGUCCCUGCUGCAGGUGGACCCAGCACCCAGCGGGGGAACUGUUAUUCACAACUCCUGGGUGGAGGGGGGAGGACAGAGGAAGGGACGCAAGCCUCGACUGGAGGGCAGUGAUGCCACCAGUAACUGUCUGACAGUGGCUGUGAGAGAAUGAUAGGGUGUGUGUCUGUGUGUAUGUGUGUGUGUUUGUCUGUGUUUAUGUGUGUGUCUGUUUGUGUGUGUGUGUGUCUGUGUCUAUGUGUACAUGUGAUAGUUGACAAAGGUCAGGAGACGUCAUUAGCUCCUCCCUCCAUCCAGGUGUGAUGAUGGCAGGUGAGCCCAGAGCUCUAAUUAAUGUCAGACCUGCUCUGUGAUAUACACAGCUCCUCAUUAGUCCCCCAGGCAAGAUGCCUGCUCCGUCUCCAUGGCAACACCAAGCUACCAAGCAAUAUGUGACAUCACCUGCUCCGCCACAACCUUAGUUACUUUAGAUACAUUCCAGUACAGGUAAACAGCAACAAUCCACACAAUCCAUACAUGCAGGCACAUUGAUCAACCUGUAGUCGUUCACGGAGCAAGUAAGCACACAAUAUCUGCCUGCACACAGAACUCAGUGAGAGUCAAUAUCCAGUGACAUUUUAUAAUUUGAUUAGUCAUGCCUUAAUUCCUAAUUGAUUCCCAUGGUUCUGAAUGUUUUACUGUAUGUGUAUUGUGUUUACAAGAAUGGUGUGUGUGUGUGUGUGUGUGUGUGUGUGUGUGUGUGUGUGUGUGUGUGUGUGUGUGUGUGUGUGUGUGUGUGUGUGUGUGUGUGUGUGUGUGUGUGUGUGUGUGUGUGUGUGUGUGUGUGUGUGUGAUCAUGUGAUCAUGUGCAAUAAAGCUUCAACAGUGGCUGAGCCUCCCCAGAGAGGAAAAGGCAAAGUAAAAAAAAUCUGUUCACGAAAAUAAGACUACGAAGUGAGGAAUUUUUGUAUUGAGGGCAAUGAGUGUCAAAUUUGGUCAACAAAAAAUGUUAUUGCUAAUUUGCUACAUGAGGCUUAGUUGAUCGUAUUAAAGUUUCGUAGUGGUUAGGUUGUUAAGAAUUCACUGAUAUAAGUGGACGCACGUGGCAUCUUGGCACGUGAGAGCAGUUACUCGACUAUCUUAUCAAUAUAAUAGAUCAUCUUCGACCUCCCUGAGGAUGUGAACAAAGCAUUGUGGGAUUGUUCUCAUGCUUGUUCUCAUGGGCUAGACUACAGAAGAGGGAAGGACUUCAUCUAUUGAUUGACUGCAAUACCCUGUUGCCAUGGCGAUAUGUGUGGAGCACCUGACAUGAUACCUGCGAAGAUAACCUCCAAACCAUGUAGAACUGUAACCAUGUGAUUAGAACAUGGUGUUCAUUUACUAGUGAAACAUCAAUUUUAUAGAGGACUUUUAGGAAUCAAAGGGCAAUAUUUGGUAACCCUCACAACUGUUUAUCAAUGGGACAAGUCAACAGAGUGGAACACCGCUGUGAACCACCCCAGGCCCCAAAGAUAAACAGGUCCUGGAGCAGCUCUUGAGGGUUGUUUUCUCUCUGUGUCUCCCUCCUCCUCAGGGAUUUAUAUCAAUCUCCCUCUGAAGCAUGUUGAACAUCAGUUACACCCUUGCACCAGCCCUCAUUCACUUAUUCUGAUAGGUAUUAGCUUAGUUCUUGCCAUGCGGGUAGGCUACAUAUGAUCAACAGUUUGGGUAGACUAUGUAUGGCUCUCAAGUGUGAAGGAGUUUUUUCAGGCUUGUUUGUUGGAUACUAUAAUAUAGGUCAUUUUUCUCUCCCGUUGUUCCCUCUUUCUUCACUUUGGAGCCAGACGGAAGGAAUGGAUUCCUGUGUAUUUAUAUAUAUGUACAUGAUCAGGGAUGUAAAUACUCUAAUAUCUAGCUCUUAGGGGUUUGAGUGGUUGGAGUGUUUUGGGUUGCAGCAGUCAUCUGUUGGCCAUAAUAUCAGCCAUGGUAAGUGAGAGGGCGAGAAGACACGUGGAAGAGAUCAAACAUCUAAAUGUAUUGUGUUUCUGUAUAUGUGUACUGUACAUGGUCAUGUAUAUAGAGAUAUGAUAGUAUUGUAUAUAAUUUAUAUUGUGUUAUUGUAUUGUAUUUCUUAUUAGAAAAGAACAAAGUCUGUAUUAAAGAAAUUGACUAUUUA